AUGCAUUCCUCCGUCCUCCUUCUCCUGACUUCGGUCAUGCUCGGCGCCGCCCACCCGGGCCACCACGAGGAGUCCCACCCGGCGCUCCUCGCCGCCCGCCACGAGCACCACGGCCUCGCCCGCCGCGGCCUCGAGAACUGCGUCAACACCAAGGUCUACCGCGACCUCCAGGCCCGCGCCAUGGUCCGCCGUGCCCAGACGAUCGACUACCACCGCGCCAUCCGCAAGGCCAAGCGCGACGUCGACUCCGCCGGCACCGGCCACAACCAGACCUCGCUCCACGUCGGCAUCGACACGUCCACCCCGUCCACCGACAUCUUCGGCUCCAACCACACCUGCAUCCUCAAUCCGGAGGGCGAGAUCGGCCCCUUCUGGGUCAAGGGCGAGCACAUCCGCUCCGACCUCCGCGAUGGCGAGCCCGGCGUCGACGUCGUCCUCGACGGCCAGUUCAUCGACGUCGAGACCUGCGAGCCCAUCACCGACCUCUACUGGGACCUAUGGAACUGCAACGCCACGGGUAUCUACUCGGGCGUCCAGGAGAGCUCCAACGGCAACGGCGACGACGCCUCCAACCUCAACAAGACGGCCCUCCGCGGCGUCCAGAAGACCGACAACGACGGCGUCGUCCAGUUCACCACCAUCUUCCCGGGCCACUACUCCGGCCGCGCCACCCACCACCACAUGGUCGCGUUCCUCGACGCCACCGUCCUGCCCAACAACACCCUCUCCUCCACCCACGCCGCCCACAUCGGCCAGCUCUUCUGGGACCAGGACCUCGUCGAGGCCGUCGAGGCCCUCGCCCCCUACAACACCAACACCGUCGACAUCACCCUCAACAGCGAUGACCACGUCGUCGGCGACGAGCUUGGCAGCAACGCCGACUCCGACCCCUUCUUCCAGUACGCCUACCUCGGUGACGACGUUGCUGAGGGCAUCUUCGGCUGGAUCACCAUCGGCAUCAACCGCACCGCCAGCUACGACACCAGCUACAGCUUCGAGUACACCUCCUCCGGCGGCGUCGCCGUCGAGAACUCCGGCUCCGGCGGUGUCGGCGGCGAUGCUCCCAGCGGCGCCCCCAGCGGCACCGGUUUCCCUAGCGGCUCCGGAGCUCCUCCUGCUGCCACCUCCACCUCUGCUUAA